CUGUUGUUUUCAUACUAUCUUAGUCAUUACUCUCUCCAUUAGUAUUUUCCCACUUAGGUAAUCCCCCAAUUGCUUUCGAGUCUGCAACCAUGGAAGAUCAAGAACAGGAUCAAACCAACCAAGCGAGCCAUGGGUCGGAGAGUAGUGAGAGAAAUGAACCAGUUAGGUCACGGUGGACUCCCAAACCAGAGCAAAUCCUCAUACUUGAGUCCAUCUUCAACAGUGGGAUGGUGAAUCCUCCAAAGGAUGAAACCGUCAGAAUAAGAAAACUCCUGGAAAAAUUCGGUUCUGUGGGUGAUGCAAACGUCUUCUACUGGUUCCAAAAUCGUCGGUCCAGGUCCCGUCGCCGGCAACGACAAAUCCAAGCUAGUCUCAGCGGUGAAGUACAAGUACAGACCAGAACUGCUGGUGCAACUGCAACUGCUAUUCCUUAUGAAACUAGUUGCUGUGCUGGUUUUUCAAAUUCCAUGUCUUUUCUUCCGCUGUCUGCAUCAGCAUCAUCAGCAUCUUGUCUAGGUGGUUCCUCUUCAGCUUGUGGGAUUAUCAACAAUGAUUGUGCUAAUGACCUUUUUGCAAUUUCAGGCCAAAUUGGUCAGCCAGAAAUUGCACAAACUUCAUCAAGCAUCAAUCCCCGUUCGCAUUAUCAAUCUGGAUUAAUAUCAGUGUUCAUCAAUGGAGUUGCAACGGAGCUCCCGAGAGGACCAUUUGAUCUGAGGGCAACUUUUGGCCAGGAUUUCCUAUUAUUUCACUCUUCAGGAGUCCCGGUGUCUGUCAGCGAAUAUGGGUUCCUCUUGGAAAGCUUGCAGCACGGCGAAAGCUACUUUCUGGUUCAAAGACCAGUUUAGCAUGAUCAAGCAUUUAACAAGUAGGGGAAUCAUCCUCCUUUAGGAUUUGGUAUUUAGGCAGAUAUUUUUAUUUAUGAGCAAAUAAUUUCGUGAUGUGUUCUGAUGAAAUUUUUACUUCGUUUCUGAUUUCUUCUUGUAUUUGAUCAGCUGGCUCGGGUGAUAUAUCAUGUUUCUUAGUUAUUGUUUUCAGUUUAUCAACUUCGUUGAAUUUUCAAUGGUUUGUACUAUUUCUACCUGCA